CAUUCACCUUCCAUAUGUGAUAUAUCAUAAUUCAUAAUCAUCUCAGUCACAUGCAACAACAAAUGCACAACCAAUUCAACUUCAACCCCACUUUUUGAGUCUUUAACCGUUUCUGUUUCCGCCCAUGGCGACGGCGAUAGCACCACCACCGUCGUCGGCGCCCAUCUCCGCCCUCCUCUCCUCCCGCACCUCCGCCCGCACCUCCGCCGCAACAGCGUCUUCGAGGAGCCCGCAGAGUAAGAAGAGGAAACAGAAGCAGCGCGCUUUUGGAAAUUUCAGCCACUUGGGUCACGUGGUUCGCAAGGACAUGGAGUUUCUGAAGAGAGGAUUUGAUAACGGUGUUGCGUGGGCCAAUGAGGCCUUACGCAUUCCCCAGGUUGCCAAGAAAAUCGACGACCUUGUUUGGCUUCGCAAUCUCGAAGACCCUCUUGCUCCUCCCUUUUCUGCACCUUCCUGGCCUCACCCUUGGUACCCAGGACUCUCUGGAGUGGAUUUGCUCAUGUCUGAUCUCAAGGCAUUGGAAGCAUAUGCUGGCUACUUCUAUUAUUUGUCUAAGAUGUGGUCUAAGCCACUCCCUGAAGUUUAUGAUCCUCAGGAUGUUGCUCACUAUUUUAGUGUCAGGCCCCAUCUGGUGGCCCUUCGUAUUCUUGAGGUAUUUUCCUCCUUUGCCUCUGCUGUGAUCAGUAUUCGAACUUCAGGGUUUAGAAAGAUUCUACAGCUAAAUCCAGAAGAGGAAGUGGAUGAUAAAACCUCUCAAUAUAAUUUUGGGAUGGUGUUAAAGGAAACAAUGCUUAAUCUUGGCCCCACCUUUAUAAAAGUUGGUCAGUCCCUUUCCACAAGGCCGGAUAUCAUUGGGGUUGAAAUGUCCAAGGCAUUGUCAGAACUGCAUGAUAAAAUCCCUCCUUUUCCCAGGGCUGUUGCUAUGAAGAUUAUUGCGGAAGAAUUAGGUUCUCCUGUGGAAUCAUUCUUCAGUUACAUUUCGGAGGAACCUAUAGCUGCUGCAUCUUUUGGUCAGGUUUACUUUGCCCAUACUACUGAUGGCAUAAAUGUUGCUGUAAAAGUUCAGCGUCCUAAUUUGCAUCAUGUGGUGGUGCGGGAUAUCUACAUCCUUCGCCUUGGGUUGGGGCUUCUGCAAAAGAUUGCCAAUAGAAAAAGUGACCCUCGCCUCUACGCUGAUGAGCUUGGGAAAGGUUUUGUUGGUGAAUUAGAUUACACUUUAGAGGCUGCAAAUGCAUCAAAAUUUAUGGAAGUUCACUCUCCCUUUGCUUUCAUACGCGUGCCAAAAAUAUAUCCACAUUUAAGUCGAAAGAGAGUUCUGACCAUGGAGUGGAUGGUUGGUGAAAGUCCAACAGAUUUGCUUUCUGUAUCUACUGAAAGCUCUGUAUCUGGAAAUGUCUCUGAAUAUUCAGAAAGGCAGAAAAUCGAUGCAAAAAGGCGUCUUCUUGAUCUGGUCAACAAAGGUGUUGAAGCAACAUUGGUGCAACUUCUUGAAACUGGCUUAUUACAUGCUGAUCCACAUCCUGGUAACCUGCGUUACACUUCCUCAGGACAGAUAGGGUUUCUGGAUUUUGGUUUGCUCUGUCAAAUGGAAAAAAAGCAUCAGUUUGCUAUGCUGGCUUCAAUAGUUCAUAUAGUAAAUGGUGACUGGGCAUCCCUUGUCCGUGCUUUGACUGAUAUGGAUGUUGUGAAGCCAGGGACAAAUAUCCGACUUGUUACCAUGGAACUGGAACAGGCCUUGGGAGAAGUAGAAUUUAAAGAAGGAAUUCCUGAUGUGAAGUUUAGCAGGGUUCUGGGAAAGAUUUGGUCUGUAGCAUUCAAGUAUCAUUUCCGUAUGCCACCAUAUUACACACUUGUCUUAAGAUCCCUUGCUUCCUUUGAAGGUUUGGCUAUAGCUGCAGAUAGUAACUUCAAGACUUUUGAAGCCGCAUACCCUUAUGUUGUUCGGAAACUUCUUACAGAAAACUCAGCUGCAACAAGGAAUAUAUUGCAUUCGGUGCUUCUAAACCGAAAGAAGGAGUUCCAGUGGCAAAGGCUUUCCCUGUUCUUGAGGGUAGGGGCAAGUAGGAAAGCCUUGCAACUAGUAGCAUCAAAUAGCGAGACUUCCCUUCCUCAUUUACAAAAUAAGGCCACUGAUAAGUUUGAUGUUGCGUUCUUGGUCUUGAGGCUUUUACCAUCCAAAGAUGGUGUUGCUCUCAGAAGACUUCUCAUGACUGCUGAUGGAGCUUCCUUGAUCAAAGUAAUGGUCUCAAAGGAGGGAAAGUUUUUUCGCGAACAACUUUGCAAGAUCAUGGCUGACGUACUCUACCAAUGGAUGAUUAAAUUAUUUGGACAAGGAAUUACAGUUAGUCAGCAUUCCAGGGUGAUAUUGGGUAAUGGACCUAGCAACAAAGAAUCAGGUCGAUCAUCCUUGCCUGCAUAUGAUUAUAAUUCCAUUUUUCGAGACCGGAGACUUAGAGUGAUAUUCUCCAAGGUUUUAAAAUCUGCAAGCAGUGAUAAAAUAUUGAUGAUGCGGUUCUGCUGGGCCUCCCUUGUUAUAAUUAUGACAGCUUCAACUUUGGCUUGCCACCGGGUUGUUGUGUCUCUGUCUGAAGUUUACUUGGGGCCCCUAUUCGAUGCUCCUAAGAGAUAUGCAGUCAGUGCAUGAUAUUUUCUUUGAACAUUUAGUUUCAAAAGAAAAAGAAAAGAAAGGUUUAUAUGUAUAUUGAUAACAAGAAAGUGAAAUUUCAUUUAUUUACUGCUAACCAAAGCAAUUGAAUUUGUAGCAUAAGGUGAAUGUUUUAACUUUGGAGCCAAUUUGAUGUCAGACAGGUGAAGUAUAGGUAUAGUAUAGGAUUGCAGUGUCUUUUAGUUACAAUUACUUUUAAUAUCUAAGGAAUGCUGUACGCUGUGGACUAAUGUUGCUACAGUCCAGAUCUUGAUACCUUUCAAGUGUGUACAGUUUCAUGUAAUGAGUUAAAGGUUUUUUUUUUCCCUGC